AUGCUUCAGUCUCCUGCAAAAAGACGAAGGUUGAAUGGUUCAACUAUUACAGGCGAGGGCUCUGACAAUAUUGAUUCCCCCCAUCUUAAACAACCCGUCACCCCCACCAGGGCCUCGUACCUGUCACCAACGAGAAGUUCACUCUCACGAUCGCAUCCUCACCUAAUCAAUAAAACGGCAACUCGCUCGAGCGCUGGUCCAAGGGGCAAGUCACUAAGAGAUGAGAUACUUCGGCCUCCAAGCAAGACCUCUGUCCGUGCAGAACCUCUAGCUGUCGCAGACAAUGCAGACGAGAGUGAGAGGAGGGCGAACGAAACCCAAACUGCUCUACAUGUUGAACCAAAGACAACUAUCGAAGCCAAUCAAUCUAACGUUUCUCAAACCUCACGUUCCUCAUUGAGACAGCCUCCGUACUUCGACCAAACCAGACCAAGCCCACAUUCGGAUGAGGAUACGCUACCGGAAAUGUUUAAGCCUGCCUUAGUUCCUAAGCCAAUACACGAGUCUGGAGCAGAGACCAGAGAGCGCAGUGAAGAGAUAGAGCUGCCACCUACGCCCGUCCAACUCGGUGUCACAACACAACCAGAUCGACCUCGUGGUCUGGCGUCUAGCAGUAGUCCUCGGGGUUCGAAACUUGGCAGUGGAAGACGAAGACGUCGUAGGACCGAUGGCCCGAUCACAAGCAGUCCUCUGAAGCCGAGACAUGCUGAUCGAGCCGCAGCUGAUCGUGCCGACUUGGACCUGGAGCAGAUUCUCGCAGACGAAGCGCAGGAAAGCGAGGCGGAUGACACACAGGAUGUGGAACCUCCGCCUACUUCGGCUGUGCUUCAUCAAGAGGAUGAAGUCGACAGCGCAUCAGCCGAAACGAGUGAAAAGCAAGCUGUUCUACAGAAACUACUUGCAGAACUGGAGAAGCUUAAAAUGGAAGUCGACAAGCUGGAUGCUGCUGUUGAGAAAGACCAGAUCGAUGACAGUAUCAUGUCUCUACUGUUCCAAUCUCCAGGAGUUAACCACGACCAUGACAACACCUUGCCCAGUUCUGCAACGGACGAGGAGAACGCGACACAAUACCUUGCCCUAUUCUCGCCUGGUGAUCUUCGCUUGUCGAGCUCGACCGAGACGAAAAAAAUCCACCACCGAACAAAGAUCAUUCACUCUUUGACACUUACAGCUCCACCCCCAUGGCCUGUUCAUGCAGCCAUGUUCGCUUUCGAAAUCACGGUAGAUGCAGAAGAUGCACGAGUAGAGCAAGUUUCUCGAAAACGAAUCUCCGGACUACCACGCAGCAAUGGCCGACCAACCGGAAUACACAGAUGGGUGUCUCAGCGUCUCGACCAUCCUCUACACUGGCACGACGUGGGAGGCAUUGUCUGGGGUUUAGGCCAAUGGUUCCGCGCGUCAAUCGAACGAGCACGUAUUUUCCAGCAACUCGAUCAGCGGCCCGAAGUUGCCACAAGCAUCUCAUCAAGCAAAGCCACUGACUCAAUCACCGAACGCGAGGCCAUCACACUCGCCCCAUAUCUCAACCAAAUCCAAAUCCAAUUACAGCAACCCCGAGCAGCCAACACGACCAACAAACUCGCCACCAAGAAGAAGAUCCUCCUAGUCUGGGACAUUAACAUUGACUGGACCGGCGAAGUGAAGUCAGACAUCAGCAUUUCCGUGAGCGGUGUCUCAGCCAAAGCGAGCCGUGGCCUGAAAGAGAUCUUUGGCGGCCUGGUGCCGAACCAAGGUGUCGUCAAAGCGCUGGAGCAUGUCAGUGGUUUGCUACAUGGGGGUGGUGAUGAUAAUGAGGAUGGCACGGAUCCACCGGCGCGAGAGAAGGCCCGGAGAAAGAAGAGGAAGCGCGUUGUCUUGGUCUGA